AUGACGCCGAAGGCAAUCGAAAAGCCAAAGAUAAAUAGUGUAAAACUCGAUGUUUACAUAGCUUCACAAUGUCCCGAUACUACUCGAUUUGUGCGCACACAGUUGAUGAAAGCCUGGUCAAUGUUAUCUCAUACGGGAAGGAUAGAAUUGACGAUGGUUCCGUUUGGAAAAGCUCGUUGUAUAGCUCGAGGUGACGAUUUCGAGUGUUCAUGUCAACACGGACCGAACGAGUGCAUACUGAACCAACUCAUGAACUGUGUUAUUGACAGAGUAGGGUUCCCAGAGAAGACUGUACCAAUUGUGAACUGCAUCCAAGGAAAAGGAUCUCUCGACGAUGCUAUGCGGUCGUGCAUUGCAAAUAAUGCUCUGCUGAACGAGAAUCAGAUGCGUGAAUGCGCAAGUGGUCCUCGAGGUCGUCGCCUUCUUGCACUCGCUGGAGCACAAACAGCAGCACUUCGUCCUCCACUCGACUUUGUCCCAUGGGUAGUUGUCAACGAUGUGCGAAAUGUUGAUGCCUUCUACGAUUUAACAGAAAAUCUCUGUAAAAGCCUUGAACCAGCACCGGAAGAAUGUUCAGCAUAUUUGCAAAGUGUGAACAGACUUUAG